UUAAGAGAACAUUUCUAAUGCAUAUUGAGAGUACACAGCAUUCCAGUCUUGGUCCAGAGGGAUGUUUUCUUUACCAUUCCCGCCCUUUCUGCCACUCCCUCUUUCCACUGCUUCCUCCCCCGCAAUUGCGCAGUUGGAGGGGGUGAGGGAAAGGAAGGAAAAACAUGAAAGUGAUGUAAUUCAUGAUUCCAAGAUGGUUACCAUGGCGACUAUCAGGCAUAUUGCGCUCUCCGGAAGGCAAGCGCUCCUUUCACCCAGCUUUCAGCAAAGGGUUUCGGGGAGGGCUGGUCCACGGCCUAGAGACUGUGGACAGGUAGGAAAACGUCGGUCUUGCCUUCCUCCCACCCCUGGACACGGAGUCUCCUUAAACUAAACCCAGCAGGGAAGUAAGUCAUGUAGCCGGUGGGAACUAGGCUUCGCAGCCUCCAGGGAUGCCGCGGCGAAGGACACCCUUGCUCCGCGGACUCCGAGAGCCCAUUGGUGAGCGAUGUCGUCACUCAGAGUGACGUCACCGCGAGGAACGAGGAGGAGCCAUAGAGACGGCCCCGGGCCCUUCUAGCGUGGGGAGCGGGGGAGGGGGGCCUCGGGAAGGCACUGGAGGACUGAGGCGGCCGUUCGCGGGAGCCGGCCGAGGAGGUAGGGGUGGGCCGGCCCAGUCCUCGGGCAGUGACUCGGGGGACCGCGCCCGCCUGUGUCCGACAGAGUCCGCUCCCUCGGCAUCUGGUUUCCCCCCUCCGCGCCCAGUUCCCCCGACCGCUCUCCUCGGCACUAGACCUCGUCCCCCUGCCCGCCCAACAGCCUUGGAGCUCAGCCUCCGUCCCCCUCUUUCGUGCUUCGCUUCCUCCUUUCUCUUCUGUACCCCGCAUCCUGCUUUCUCGUCUGCCUCCCAUAAACCCGGAUCGCCCGCAAGGUCCCUAUGUUGACUAGUUGAGACAAAUAUAAAUAUGGCUGUCUACUGUUAUAAUACAGUCCUAGUUAUUGCCCGAACAAGAUUCCCUAGCCAUUUUGUACAUCCUACCUGCUCUUCUUGUUUCCCAUCACUUGCAUUUCUUCACUUGCCAGAUUCCCAUUUAAAUAAAACAUAUACGAAGAACUAUGGAAGCAGGAAGUACUCCUAUCCUAGUCAGUCAGGCAAUAAAGGACAUCACUUACGAACUAGGAUAAUACAAAAGCUACACACAUCAACUUGCUGGCUACAAAAGGUACCUGGUGAACCUCAGCUGGAGCCACCCACCCCAGAACCCCAGGUGACAAGCUCUCAGCCCACAGAAGAAACUGGUUUGGAGACUAAGGAAGAAAAGCGAUCUUAUAGACAAAGAAUUAUGGAUGAACUUAAAUAUUAUUACAAUGGAUUCUAUUUUCUUUGGAUUGACACCAAAGUUGCGGUCAAAAUGAUUUGGAGGCUGUUGCAUGGACAGAUGCUGACCAGACGAGAUAGACGAAGGCUAUUGAGGACUUGUGUUGAUUUCUUCCGCUUGGUUCCAUUUAUGGUGUUCAUAAUUGUACCCUUCAUGGAAUUCUUAUUACCAGUGUUUCUGAAGUUCUUCCCAGAGAUGUUGCCAUCAACUUUUGAAAGUAAAUCCAAAAAGGAAGAAAAACAGAAAAAGAAAAUGGCUGCAAAGUUGAAAUUAGCAAGAUUUCUUCAAGAAACAAUGACGGAAAUGGCAAAGAGGAAGAGGACCAGGUUGGGAGAGGCCUCUACACAGUUCUCAUCCUAUGUCGAACAGGUCCAAAUAGGCCACAAGCCCAGCACAAAGGAGAUAGUUCGCUUUUCCAAACUGUUUGAAGAUGAGCUCACCCUGAACCACUUGGAUCGCGCACAGCUGGUCGCCCUUUGCAAACUGCUGGAACUGCCGUAUUUUGGAACCAACAAUUUGCUCCGCUUUCAGCUUCGGAUGAAACUGAAGUCUAUAAAAGCAGAUGAUGAAGUAAUUGCCGAAGAAGGGGUGAGUGCUUUGAGUGUGCCAGAACUACAGUCUGCAUGUAGGGCCCGAGGGAUGAGAUCUCUGGGUCUCACUGAGGAGCAACUGGUACAACAGCUCACAGAGUGGCAGGACCUCCACCUGAAGGAGAACGUCCCUCCUUCUCUUUUGCUCCUGUCACGAACCUUCUAUUUGAUAGAUGUGAAGCCAAAGCCAAUUGAGAUCCCACUAAGUGGAGAGGCUCUGAAGACACAUAGUCCUGUGGAAUCACCUACUUCACCUGAGUCUAAAGAGAACUUGGUGGACUUAGCACCUCAACUGAAGGGAACUAAGGAUGAAAAAUUUAUGAAACUGCCACCAAUUACAUCAUCACCCAUAACACCAUCAACACCUAUUUCGUUACCUAAAGGAUCCGUAACUUCUGCUAAAGAAGCUACACUCCAGGCCAAACCACAGACAACUCAGAGCAGCACCACUAGUUCCAGAGGCGCCCUGGAGGAUGAAGCUCACGCUCUCAGCUUCCUGCCCUCAGCAGUGGCAUCCGUAAAGGACCUCCCAGCUAAGACUGUGUCUGGUUUGAGUAGAGGAUCAGGGGCAGUCCUUUGAGACCUUGUAAACACUCCUGAUGAUGUCAGCAGUCAGACCAAGUUCAGACCAUUUAGAAAACUAUAAUUGCAAAGCCCAUUUCCUCUGUGUCAUUAUGUCAUCCCACUAAACUUUGUGUAAAGCACCCCCCACCCCAUGUUGUUUGUAACAGCUUCGUAUUUGUGCCCAUUUCCUCCCUUUAUGGGAGGAAAUUUUUUUUGCAUAAUGGAAUCAGCUUAGUCCUUAGAUAACUCUGCCUCCUAUAACUUGGCAAUCUGAGUAAGAACUUGGAAACUCCAACCACCAUUGUAAGAGCACCUCACCAACUCGUUCAGUGAUCCGCCGGUAGGAGCAGUGCUCUGGAAACAAAGUGCUUCUGAGAUGGAAUGGACAUUCCUCAGUGAGGUCUUUCUGGAUAUAAAGGAAAAACUUCCUGGAGAAUAAAAUUGGGAAUUAGACUGGCAAUCAAAAGAGGUUUGGCUGCUGCUCGGCUGUUCUGAGACUUCCCCUCUGGGUCUGCAGGAAUCCGGGAGGCGGCCAUGAUUCUAGCACAUAUGGCUUUCAUUAGUCACCAUUUUGCUAGGAAGCAUAAUUAAGGGUUUAAGACUUAACCAUUUGUUUGUGCUGGGUGUGUUUUUCUGGUCUGCUUGUCUUUCACAAACAAGACUAUUUAUUAGUCAUAUGGGGUGGUUAAAGUCUGACAUAAUCCCUAUGCUGCCCAGUAACAAAUAUUAUGUUCAGGUAUUUGUUUGUUUUCUGUAUUGUCAAAACGGGGGGAAAAAACAACAUAAUAGGUUGCUGUGCAGCUGACCCACAGCUUUUCCCUUGGGGAGCGCUUAGGAGGGAAAAGGUAUUUCUGCCUGUGGGUGAUGAAAUUAGAUCGCUUUACUUGCUGUGAAAUUGAGAGCAGUUGGAUAGGAAUCAGUCAAACCAAAUAAAAUGCAAAUAUCCUUGUCUGGGAUCACCUAAAUGAGGACCGUCAUCAGCAUUUCAUGGCAAGGAUGUGUGCUUUUAUAAGCUUCCUAAACAUCCUCUCCACGAGACGACAAGCCCCACCAUGUUCUGCUAAUGAACUCCGUCCUAUUCCUUGCGAAGAAUGAAUCCCUACUAUGCAGCAUUCCAUGGAUCUCCCCAUUGGACUAACAAGGUGAUUCAUAAUAAAUGUCCCCACUUUUAAAAUGUUGGGUGUUUAUUUUAAUGAGUUCCAAUUUCAAGUGUUGAGUGUGGGAAAGGGAUUAGCUACUUAACUUGUUGAAUCCUGUUCUGGCUGAAUGAUUCAUAUCUGCUGUUGGACUACAAUCUUUCUGGCUUUCCCUAUGAGCAGAGUGAGAAUGAUUAAGUCAAGGGGCCCCUGGUCAGUGGGAUUAUUAGCAGAGUGAGAAUGAUUAAGUCAAGGGGCCCCUGGUCGGUGGGAUUAUUAGCAGAGUGAGAAUGAGUAGGUCAAGGGGCCCCUGGUCGGUGGGAUUAUUAGCAGAGUGAGAAUGAGUAGGUCAAGGGGCUCCUGGUCACUUUUGGCCCCAGUUGCCCUUCACCCAUUUUUGCUUCAUAAACAGGCAUCGAAGACACACGAUACUCCUCCCUUCCCCGUCUUAUGAUAGUAGCUCAGAGAAGUUGAGAUAGUUCCUUUUGUUCUCAUCACUUAGAGGGCGUGGCUGUUGGGUUCCAUGAUUAUUAGACCUAGCCCCAUGCUGAGUUGGAGUUAGCGGUGUUCAGAGAAA